AUGUGGAACGGCGGCUACCAGCAAGGCGGUGGCUAUCAGCAAGGUUCCUACGGCGGACCUCCUCCGAAUGCAUUCCCGCCGCCACACGGCCCGCCACCACCGGGCUAUGAUGGAUACGGUUAUCCCCAGCAGCAAGGCCACGGCGGUCAGCCGGGCUACGGUAGUCAGCCGGGUUACGGUGGCCAACCGGGCUACGGUGGCCAACCGGGCUACGGUGGCCAGCAGGCUUAUGGUGGCCAGCAAGGAUACGGACAGCAGCAACAGCAAGGCUACAGCCAUCAAACCCGUGGUGCGCAAGCUCCGCCGUCUGGCGAACAGCAGUUCGGCCAUGGCGCCCCUUCGGAGUACACCUUCCAGUACAGUAAUUGCACAGGUCGCCGCAAAGCCCUGCUUAUUGGCAUAAACUACAUUGGCUCUGACAACGCCUUGAACGGCUGCAUCAACGACACUAAGAAUGUGUCUAAUUUCCUUAUGCAGCACUACCAUUACAAGCGCCAGGAUAUGGUUAUUCUGACUGACGACCAAAGCGACCCUGUCCUGAUACCCACAAAGGCCAACAUGAUCCGCGCCAUGCAGUGGCUCGUCGACGGCGCCCAACCCAACGACGCGCUUUUCCUGCACUACUCUGGUCAUGGAGGCCAGACCGAGGACCUCGACGGCGAUGAAGACGACGGCUUUGACGAGGUCAUCUACCCUGUCGACUUCAAACAGGCCGGUCACAUUGUCGACGAUGAGAUUCACCACUACGUCGUAAAGCCUCUGCAGGCCGGUGUGCGCCUGACAGCCAUCUUCGACUCGUGUCACUCCGGUUCCGUCAUGGACCUCCCCUACAUCUACUCCACUAAGGGCGCGCUCAAGGAACCCAACCUGGCCGAGGAGGCUGGUAAGGGCCUUCUAGGGGUCAUUUCUGCCUAUGCUCAAGGAAAUAUGUCAGGGGUUGCAUCCAGUAUCCUAGGCUUUGCCAAAUCUGCCUACCGCGGUGACGACGCGUACAAGCGCACUGUCCAAACCCGCACGUCGCCCGCCGAUGUCAUAAUGUGGUCCGGCAGCAAGGACGAUCAAACCAGCGCCGACGCCACCAUCGCAUCGAAAGCUACUGGUGCCAUGUCUUGGGCCUUUAUCUCCGCCCUGCAGCAGAAUCCGCAGCAGAGCUACGUGCAGUUGCUUAACAGUAUUCGCGAAGUGUUACAGACCAAGUACACCCAGAAGCCCCAGCUAUCCUGCAGUCAUCCUUUAGAUGUCAAUCUUCUCUUCGUCAUGUGA